ACAAGAAGAGGGUUUUUAUACUUGUUGAGAAACAAUCUGGACGAUACGAAAGUGAUAUCAGGGUCAGUGAUGGUCUUAAGGAUGAUAGUGAUCUUAAGAAUUAUAAUGAUCUUAAGAAUGAUAAUGAUUUUAAGAGCGAUACUGAUAAUUCUAAUGAUAAUUUAUUUAGGGGG